GAACAAGCAGUCAAAGUUUCACGUGUGUUUACAAACCAUUGUUGUCUGUGUUGGAUAAUAGUAUUUGGGUCUAUCAAAGUAAAAGUAUGGAAACGUUCAACUCACAACCCGGAUUUUGUCCAGUAUGUGGGUCCAUCCUUCCACCUUUAAAUACAGCGGGGAAUGUUGCUUGCUAUAACUGCAAAAAAGAAUUUCCUCCAGAUGUUUUUGGAGCACAAGAAGUUGAAUUUAUCAUACACUUCAAUAAUUACGAUCCUGAAAAGGUAUUUGGCAAAACUAAAAGUAGUUCGGAUGAUGAAGCAGAUGGACCUGUGGUUGAACGCAAAUGCUCAAAAUGUGGUCACAUGCAAAUGUCUUACGCUACGUUACAACUUCGUUCUGCCGAUGAGGGGCAAACCGUGUUCUUCACAUGUCUCAAAUGCAAGUUUAAGGAAUCGGAAAACUCAUAAGCAGAAUAAUGUUUCUACUCCCAGUUUUAAAAGCCUAUCAGUUGAUUUUUUAUUUUCACGUGCAAUACAUGUACGUUAUUAUUUGAUAUUAAAAGCUACGAUUAAUAAUUUCAAUAUAUCAUUAAUUGGCAGGCCA